AUGGCUCCCGCGCGUCAACAACAGACGCCCCAGUUCAACAAGGAUGAAAAGGUUCUCUGCUUCCACAUGGACAUGCUCUACGAGGCCAAGGUCAUGGAUGUACAGCCUGGCGAGAAGCCCGGCGACGGCUUCCGCUACAAAGUGCACUACAAGGGCUGGAAGAACACCUGGGACGACUGGGUUCUCGCAGACAGAAUCCGGCCCUUUGACGACGAGCACAAGGAGCUGGCGGCCCAGCUUCACGCCCAGGUCAAGAGCAGCAUGCAGAAAAACUCCAAGCAACCCAAGAAGAACCUCAAGGGCGGCGACUCGGCCAGAGGCAGUGAGGAACGGGGCUCAGGCGCUCCUCAAGGGGGGAGAGGGGGGAGGAGAGGCAAAGACUGGGAACUAGAGCAGGUGAGAGACUUUUUUUUUUUUUCGUGCAAGCUCGUGGUUAUUUUGCGUUUUGGUCUGGCGUGUGCACGGCGCAGCCGUGGUGUGCCGCGAGUGCUGGCCAUGUCUACGACGGGCAGGGCGAAGCAAACAUCUUGA